AUGACCUCAGUCGUUGGCUUCCUCUGCCGUAAUUGGCAGGCUUACUCUCCUCCAGAACCACCAAAGAACACUAACGCCAUAAAAUUCGGAAUUCUUGGUGCAGCAAAUAUUGCUGCAACCGCUUUGAUCACUCCAGCGAAAUCUCAACCGGAUGUUGAGAUCCAUGCUGUAGCAGCUCGUCAGAAACAAAAGGCCGAGGCAUAUGCUAAAAAGCAUAAAAUUCCACACUUUUUCGACAAUUAUCAAGCAAUCCUCGAUGACCCCUCGAUCGAUGCUGUCUACAUCCCCCUUAUCGCCAGCUUACACUACGGAUGGGCUACAAAAGCAAUCGCCAAAGGAAAGCAUGUACUAAUUGAAAAGCCAGCCACGGUCAAUGCAGCCGAGGCAGAGAUGCUAUUCCGAUCACCACUGUUACGACAGCCCAAUGCACCUGUUCUUCUCGAAGCAAUGCACUUUCGCUUCCAGCCGAGUUGGCUAUACUCGCUCAGCUUGAUCGACCGUCAGAACAUACAGAAUAUAAACACUAUCGCAGAGUUACCCGCGUAUAUCAUACCCAAGGGGAACGCGCAGCUCGAGUAUGACUUGGGUGGCGGAACUAUGCUUCAUCUUGGCACAUAUCCUAUGUAUGCACUGCGUCAGAUCAUGGGUGAUGAGCCCGAGGAGUGUACGGCAUGCAAAGUCAGGAAGCUUCCUCCUCCAGGAGAUCUCUGUGAUGAAUCUUCUGAGAUAAGUUUUCGGUUUCCAGGUGGACGGGUUGGAAGCGCUACGAUAAACGCCCGCGCAUCAGUCAUCACUUUCCCAACCUUCAACAUAUCGGUGUCUCAUAAAGAGGUCAAGGUUGAAGACAUGUCACUUCCGAAAGGACAAACCAAGUGGAAGCGCAGGAAGCUAAGCUUCAGCAACUUCCUUAUAUCGUCCUUUUGGCACCGCAUUGACAUCGUGGAUGAGUACACCAUCCGAGAUGACACGAAUGAGAAAGACUUGAAGAAAUGGACAAUCAAGCAGUACAAAAAGAUCUAUACAUUCAAAGACGCCGGUAUUGAUCAGCCAAGUGAGCCAUUUUGGUCGUCAUAUCGUCAUCUGCUGGAGCAGUUCGUCAAUCACGUUCGCGGGAAUAAGGGCUCCGGACUUUGGGUUGACUAUGAGGACAGCAUUGCACAGGCAAGAAUGAUUGACAUGGCUUACGAGAAGUCUGGACUACCCAUACGCCCGACAAGCAAGUUUAGACCGGAAGAGUCUAUGAACACCUGGUUGGGUUGA